UCAGCAUCAAAACACCCCAUUACCGCCCCCUAGAGGAGCUCGGCCUGAAGUGCAUGAGGAGGUUGAGGCGCUCUCCGGUGCGCUCACUCACUGUCGCUCCGUUCUGCCGCCGGCACCGCUCCUCUCUAUAGUCUCUCCAGCCUCUCAAUUAAUCAAAAUCCCCUCAUUUUAAACUUAAAAUGAUUCCAGCCACUCACAGGUGCUUAUAUCAACCUGCGCUCCAUCUUUGUUCGGACUCCUUUUUUGAUUUUUACAACAAGUUGUCAUGUCGUCUGUGACCGGGAGAGGAGAGAGCUUUCCUGCCUCCAUCCGGACAGUUCUCCGGAACUCAGAGGCGCGCGAGCCCGUCGGUUUUACCGGAGGAGGCUGCCGAGCCAAGGAGCGCCCCACUCCCGAGGGCGCCGGAGGCUCCAAGGGAGACGCAAACAUGUGCCAGAGAACCGAGGACGCCCCGUCUUCCAGGUGCCUCCAAGUCCCGGAGCGCUUCAGGAUGCCCUUCAGCGGCGGGGGGACCCUCCGGAGAGCCCACCACUUUGGGGGAUCCGAACGGAAAGUUGCGGGAUGCGAGAAAUGCUCGGCGACCCUCGUGGGGCUGAAGAAGCAAGCCCUGAGCCUGGCUGUGCACCACCGCUUCUCCUGCAAGGAAACGAGCCCCCUGGCCACAUUUCUUCAUGCCAACCUCCGUGUUCAUGGGCGUGCCAGCACAGAGUCCUGGGACAGAGACAGGGAGCAGGGUCAGUGUGGAGCCUGUGGUGCGAACACAAACCUCCUCAAGCAGGAGGCCAUCCACCUGGCUCUGAGUCGCAGUCAGCCGUCAGCCAAGCCCUACCACGAGGCGGGCCUCAGCAGCUCUGGCACAACACUGGGACAAAAUGAGACAAAGCUCGGGGACGGGGCUUCAAAGGAGCCUCUGCACCAACAAUGGAGCCGAACACACAGUCCCCAAAGCCUACAAAGGCCCAAGACGCCUCAGGGGACGCCCCAAACCCUCAGAAGACUUGGAGCCAAGCUACCCAACCCCGACAUGGAGCGCUGGGUGGAGGAGCAACAGCAGCUGCUGGCUUCUAAAUCCACAGAUGGUGUCACGUCAAAUUCUUGCCAUAAGGCUGCAGAUGAUUCUGCACUGAGCUCCGGUAAUGCUGUGAUCUUACAAACCAACUCCAGGAUCCAGAACAUCUCCAGAGUGGUGACCAUUGCUAACACUGCGGCCAUGUCUUUUCUGGCCAGGGCGGCUGAGAAGCUCAACCUGACACUGAGGAAAAAGAACCAAGCGUCCGAUCCAGCUCCCUCCCAUGCCUCCACCUGCUUCAGAGAGAUCAUCCAGAAAAACCCACCGCCCGUCCCCACCUGCCUGCUCCAAGCUGCUGCUCGGACCAAAGACUCCCCCGAUGUUGGCAAGGUCAAAGUCAUGCUGAGGGUGAGCAGGAUGCUGUCGGACGGACAAUUCCAGCCACCCGUCCUCCGAAUUGACCCUUCCAGAAAAAGGGUCAUCGUAAUUGAACCGCCAUCCAAAAACUUGACCCACAGCACCAUGACUCUCGGGAGAGAAAACAGAAAUCCACUCAAGACGUUCAGCUUUGAUGCUGCGUAUUCGCAAGACAGCAGCCAGGCGGAGCUGUGCACAGGCGUCCUGACUGAUGUCAUCCGCUGCGUGCUGAGUGGCAGCAACGGAUGCGUUCUGGGUCUGGGAUGUGCUGAUGUGGGAUCCUGGUCCAGCAUGGUGGGGAGUGGUGAGAACAUCCAGAAGCUAGGGCUGAUCCCCUGUGCCAUCUCCUGGCUGUACGGCGCCAUCGAGCGGCGUCGAGAGAAGACCUGGACCGAGCUGACCGUGUCGGUGUCGGCCAUUGAGCUGUGCUGCGGGGAGGAGGACACGCUGAGGGACCUGCUGGGAGAGGUGGUCCCUUCAUCAGGCAGCACCCAGGACAGCCCAAAAGCCCAUGUUAGGGUCCAAGAGGACCCAGUCUGUGGGAUACAGAUCCGCAAUCACAACCGAGUGAAGGCCCCCACAGCAGAGCGGGCUGCUUCUCUUUUGGACGCCGCCAUCGCAGCGCGGCGGCAUGCCGACUUUAUCACAUACCUUUGCCACAGCUCAAUAAUGUUCUUCACCCUGUAUGUCCAGCCGCCGCGCACAGAAAGCAGCACCAUCGGAAAAGGUUCCCGGGGCACCGCUAAGCUGACCAUGAUCGACGUUUGUAGUGGUAUGAGGGGAGUGAACAGGAAUAAACUUCCUCAUGCGGAGUUGGGACCGAUUGUUGUGUCUCUCCUCAAUGGACAUAAAACUCUCCCUAACAAGAGCAGUAAGCUGAACAUGCUCCUCAGGGAGUCUUUGGCUCAUGCAAACUGCCACACGGCGGUGAUCGCUCAAGUGGCUGAUUCCCUGGCGCACCAUCAAGAGACCUUCUCCACCAUCCAAAUGGCCUCCCGUAUUCGCAGGACCCAGAAGAGGACAAAGCAAUCGACGUCCUGCUCUCCUUGUGGGAGGAGUCUGACCAAAGAACACAAGGUGCCUCGUUCAACCCUGCGAGCAUUUCACUCCACCGACGAGGUGGAUGUUGACAUCCGUCCUCUCCGUCUGCGCGGGGACCUGGAUCGCUCCAGCAGUGACCACUCCUGUGACACGGUCAUUCAAAUAGACUCAGACGGCUCUUUCCGAUCCAAAGGAGUCCCGACGCCGGCACAACCGGAGUUUGUUCCUAUCAUACCUUCACUGCACCCAAACAAGACCGACCUGGACGACCCGGAGUUCACUGCUCUGCUGCAGGAGCUCCUCCGAAUCCCUCAGCUGCAUGGAGUAAAAAGGGCAGAGGACAGGGACUUUGAGACUCUGAAGGGAGAGAGGAAACAGCCCGAGAGGGAGUGCCUCAAAUGCGACACGUUUGCUGAACUCCAAAAGCGCCUGGGCUGUAUCGACGGAAGUGAGAUAUCGAUAGACGCGCUCAAGUCUUCUUUAAAAGCCGCUGCCUGCAACGUUUUGCCUGAAUCCGUGCAUCCAAAAGAAACAUCGACAGCACCGCAGUCUUCUUCAAAUCACGGCGCUGGUGGUGGUCAGAACUCUCAGGGAGCAAAGCAAACGGACGGCGCUCUGUCUGGAGAGAACUUUCCCAGGGAGGACUCAGGUCUUUAUGACUGUGAGGAGUGUAGUGGAACCAGUUCCAGUGAGGAGCUGCUCAAUCAAACUCUGGGAAUUAACUGUAUAGGUGCUGUCAGGACCAGCAAUGAUCUCUCACUGCAGGAAUCCAAUACUCAGGGCAAAUCUGCUACCACCCCCUCCAUACUUCAGUCUACAGAGAAACCGCCAGGUCACGAAGCUGCUGACUGGUUUAAACCAGACAAAAGAGCUUCACCCGUUGGCAAGAGCUCCUCCAUUUCUCCUUCGUCCUCCUGUUUUUCUUCAAACUCUUUAACUAAAGAUGUCAUACUUGGAGACGUCUUACCUAAUCCCACCCCAGAUGAAAGUAAAGCAAUGAAGGCCACGAUCACAGUGACCGUUCAACAACCGCUGGAUCUGAAGGGCCAAGAUGAACUUGUCUUCUCCAUGGUGGAGGAGGUGACCAUCAAUGGAGCCUACGGGAGAGGGAAAACGGCAGGGAACGUUUUCUGCAUCCGAGAUCCUGCUCUUUCCCGCACAGAAAACACUUCCAGCACGAGUCAACCAAUCAGGAUUAUCAGCGAUGUGAGUGAGGAUUCUGCAGCUGCAGGGUCCUCGGACAGUCAGCUUCCAGCUACGGAUGCAAACAACGAAAAGCCCAUUUUCUUCAGGAGGGAAAAGGGGACUUUACCGUCGUUUCUUAACCCCAUGUUGAUGGAGACAGAUUUGGACAACUUGGAGGCUGUGAAGGACAAAAUAAUCCCAAACAAAAGAUCUGAAACUCUCCAGUUAAAGUCUGAUUCACAUUCUAAUCAUGACGAUAAAAGUCAUAGAACUGCUUCACCUGAGAAGCUUCCAAACAACAAAGAGAAGGAAGACAAAGAUUUCUACAACUUAGAAAGCAAAAUGUGUGAAAAAAGGCUAAAAAACGCAGACGGCAGCCACAGAUCAGACUCCAAGCAUCUUCAUUCUCCAAACAAUGGAAAGGUCUCUAAAGAGGGAGGUAUUGCUCACAGGCAUACUGGGAAUAUCCCCAAGAUAGCUGCUUUUUCACCUGGUUGCCAAGAAACCCUCAUUGGUUCCUCUGUAACAAGCAGUUUACCCAGAGACUGGCCCGGCGCCAACCCCCCAAGCAACCACUCAAGGGGGGUGACAUCAUCCACUCCUUGCAGCCCUGGGGAAACUCUGGAGAGGGGGAUGGGCAGAAAGCGUCCCCCUGCAAACCAAAGCGUCCACGGCUCGUGUUCUCCAAAACACGGCAGCAGAAAAGGUCAUGCAAAGCCAAAGUCCUCCAGUCAGGACAGCAGCAGGCUUUUUAAUACUAAACUCGAGUUGUUGGCCAGCAGGAAUAACUCUCUUGGGAGGGACUUCCCAGCCCUGGAGAGGCGUAGUAGUUCCAAGGAAAGUGUUGAAGCUGGCUACAGAGGUCAUUUGGAGGGAGACUGUACCUUUCCGAGAGCUAGAAAAGACCCCCAUCCUGACCAGAGUUACCACUUCUUCCCUUAUGAAAGUCAGUCAGCCAAACACGCUCAUUCCAAGCUCUCUGCCGUCGGAAAACCAAAGACAGCCAGCCCCAAAGUCCGCCGGCUGUCCUCCCCGAGCAUAAAAAAUCUCAGCCAAUCCCAGAAAAACCUGCAUGAGACCGUCAACCGCAGUGCCAGUCUGUCUCCAGAGAUCAAGACUGUCAGUUUUGAGCGGACGUCCUCGUUUUUCUCUUCAUCACCUCCGCGAUCCCACCGCUCCGUCAGUCGGACACCAAGCCAGAGCUCCACAUGCUCCUCCUCAAAGUCCGUCAUCCAAGGAUUUGUCAACGGGCGGAUUUCAGACCUCUUGAGGGACAGGGUGCCCAGCCCUACAUCAGCAGGACUGGGUCACAUGACCCCCAUUCCUUCUCCUUACAGCCAGGUGACUGCUCCGCGCUCGCCCGACCAUCUGAGCGGGCACGCCAGCGACACCACCAGCGUCCUGAGCGGGGACAUGCCGCCAGCCAUGGGGAAGACGUUGCUGCAUUUCUCCAACAGGAGCAGCUUUGUGAGCAGUGGGUACGGCAGCAUGGUCAGAGACAGCGAGGCCACAGGUAGCAGCACGUCCACCAGAGACUCCACCAGUGACAGAAGCAGCUCUCUGCCCGGCGGGGCUCGCAGCAGCCGCUCCUCUCGAAGACGAGGGAAUCCAGGGACUCACCAGCGUCACCCUUUGAACGACACGGUGCAGGCCGUGAAAAGCUCGUCCAGCGGCGUUCGGUCUCGUUGGACGGAGAGGGGAAUUCCAGAGGCCUAUGACAUCAAGGUGUAUGAGAUCGAUGAUGUGCAGAGGAUGCACAAAAGAACAGGGUCCCGGAUACUUCAGCGCCAAGCUGAAGUUUUUGGAACAUCGUCAGCAGAGGAUCUCAGAGGUCCAAAGGAAAUACAACCACCUGAAGAAAGAGCUGGAACAGGCCAAACGCAGUCUCAUGCUGGAGUCUACCAAAUGGAACCAAGAGUUCGACCUGUGACAAACUUUCGAGGAGCACUCCAUGGAGCGCCUGGAGGCCCUUGAAAAGCUGGAGAACAGGGUCAAUGUCUGCAAGGCCACCGUCAUGCUGGUCACUUGUUUUGAUGCUUGCAGUAGGAGGCGACACAAGAAGCGACUGCAAAAGGUGCAAAAAGCACGGAAAGAAUUUAAAGUGUUUUUUAAUCAAUAUUUAAAAUCGACCCACUUAUUUAUCCUAUUUAUACGUUAAAAACACACUUUUCAUUUGGUCUCUGAUUGCUUUAAACAUGAGAUGAGCUUCAUGUUCUUGUACAGCUGGAUCUUUCCUGUUUUUAAAAAGACGUCAUGCUCUUUUUAAUGACUUUUUCCUCUUUGAGACAUGAACUGGAAUUGUCUCACCAAGCUGAGGCCUUGUUGAAAACAGCCUUCAAAAUCACUUAAAGCCAUCCACGACUACCUUAAAUAAAAACCCUUUAAUUCUUUAACUGUCAUCCUGUUUUUUUGUCCCAUGUUGGUUUGUUUCAGCAUGGAAUCAGGGGCGGUGCAAGAUUUUCUGGGGGCCCCGGGCGAUCAGUCACAAAGGCCCCUUUGAACUGGUGAAAAAAAAAAA